UGCAUUUGUCCAAUACAUUUUUAUGAGGUUAGUACCAUUGUGACGUCACGCAGCCGCGGAAUUUUAUAUCAUGGAUUUGAAUCAAUCCAAUAUUGUCGUCCUCGAUGUGGCUCAAGAGGAGUUACACCUAUCUGCAAAGAUGGCUUCCAGGAGUACGCCACACUUCAAGCCCCCGUUGACCAUCAUCAUCCCAUACGGGCUGAAGAGUUGGCUAGAAUGUCUUUGCAGAGCCAUAUUCAUUGAGGGACCAAGGCAGAUACCGGAAUUUAUUGCCGCCUAUUGCGUUGAGCUGCUGGAAUUUAGAGAACGCAAUCCUUUGAUGGAUACCAAGGAUGUUACACAUCUGUACCAGGAGAUACGGGAGGCAAAUUACGUCAAAGACUGGAUAGUAUGCCCAGUGCCACAAGCUGCCAUAGACUGCUGCCUGCCUGAGGAGACCCUGUCAGUCAGCCAGAGGACCAAUCCAAGUUCGUUCAAGGUCCCCUCCAGCAAGCCCAUGGGUGAGCCAGAUAAGCAGGUUCAGACUCUGAGCAGUCUCCCUGGAGAAACCCACCAUAGAACCCACCCUGGAGAUGGACCUCAGUCCAGCCCAACCGACCUUGGAGGUCAACCCAGCCCAGCUGUGGAAGAGGAGACCCAGGCCCGGCCAGGCUCUGCUGUGCAGUCAGUCGUGUUCCAGAGAGCUCCAUCAUUGGACAGUCUACUCGAGGCCAACCACUCUCAAGUCUUGAUCAGCGCUCCAACCGAUGACGUCAUCGUCGCCCACUCUGCGAACCUUCAGGAGACUAUUGUCUUCCGAAGCAACAGUCGUCCAUAUUCAGGUGUAUCUCCCCGAGGUAGUUUGACUAGGAUUCCUUCGGUUGGUGAUGUUGUUAAGAUCGGGGUGAAUGACACAACCGAGGUGAUGUCUGAUGUGGUGGUGUUCCACCAAGUGCCCUCAGUGGAGAACCUGCCCUGCACGACGUCUGCCUUGAGUAAUACCUCUUUAGCUGUUGAGGAAACAGUGGAUCAGUUGAUGAGAAGCAGAGAAUUCUUACUGGAGAAUGUGGUGUCUGGCUCGCCGUCCAUUAAGAUGGUGGCUUCAGCUGCAGCUUUGCAGCAGGCAAACACAGAGAAAGUAUCCUCCUCAGAGAUAGUGGGAGUCGGCGCAGCACGGAGAGUGUCCUCAGUCAGGAUACCCAGUAGAGAGGAGAGUGUGGGGAGAACAACAGAGACACUAAAGAGAUACACAUCUCCACAAAUAUCUCUUCUGUCAGCUCAUUCUGCUGAAUAUCUGAAGGCUACAUACAAGCCAUCCACCCCCAGCCUUGCCAGGGUUUCCUCUGCACCUUGUGGUGAGAGAGAGGCAGCAGCAACUAUUUCACCUAAAUCCAGUCUGGCCAGGGUUUGCUCUGUCUCUACUGGUGAGAGAGCAGCAGAACCAGCCUGCAAAGAAGUCUUCUCUGAUGUGGAAGAGACUUACACAUUACCAUCAACAGAGGACCUACUGGUGUCUUCAACUGCUUCAGUUGGUAGAAUUUCACCAGAGGUGUCUGCAAUAUUUUCCAAAAGUGUUUUAUCAGGAAGAGCUUUCGCUGAACCAGAAAUAGUUGGUGCAGCACACAGAGGGUCCUUAGUCAGGAUAACCAGCAGACAGGAGGGUGUGGGGAGAACACCAGAUACUCUGGGAGAUGUGCAUCUCUCUGGUUUAUCUCCAGAAGCAUAUUUUGUGUCAGACUCUCCAGUGAUGUUUGAAGAAGAGGACUGUUGUGUAAUCACCACUCACUCUGCUUUAGUGAAGAAAGCAGUCAAAUUGGCCCACUCAGAAAAUAUCUCUCCUACUACUUCACCCAGCAUAGACCUGGCCUGGGAGGAGCUUCUGCAGACAUCAGCAUCCGACGUGGAUAAAGUAGCCCUCAAGGCUUUCGAGAUUGUGAACCAAAAAAUACAAUGCUUAGGGAUAGAAAUAUCUGAAUUGGCAUCCAACCCUGUGGCUGUGUCUCAGUCUCUUAACACUCUCCCUUAUAAGGAUCUCUCUCACUCGCUUUCAGCUGUGGAGGAAUUCUCUACUGCCUCAGCAAGACACUCAGAAGGUGACAUCUCUGAAAAAGCUACCUCUGAAACAAAAGUAGAGGGAGAAGCAAUCUCUGUUAGGGAGAUUACACCAGCAGUGUCUACAAGGUGUUCUGCCAGUAAUGUAUCAGAAAGAGUUCCCUUUGAAAAAGUAGUUUUGGGAGCAGCAGUACCAUCAUUGGAGGAGCUAUCAGAGUCACCAACUGCACUUGCCUUUGUGGGUGAGGCUUCACCAGCAGUGUCUGCCAAUGAUGUAUUAGAAAGAGCUCCCUCUGAAACUGCAGUAGUGGGAGCAGAGCUACUAGAGAGACACACAACUACAAAAGUACCUCCACAAACAUCAUUUGUGUCAGUACAAGCACAUGCUACUUGA